AAACAGGAACCAAACACUGAUACAGUGAGCACACUUUAACUUUUUGGGGACUUAUAUUUGAGUCUGUGACGUAUUUCGCGCCACUCACUUGUGGUUACUCAAAUGUGCGUUACUCACUAAAAGCCGAAACAGGUGAGAAUCAGCGGAAAGACCGAGUCCAGCUAACCAGACAUUAGUGGCAGUCUGUCUCUGCGGUCAUGAUCCUGGUGGACCCCGGGCUGUACAUCGGCACUGCGGCCGACCUCAAUGACAGCCAGGCACUGGCCGACGUGAACAUCGCUGCCGUCCUGUCUGUGGACUCUGUAGACCCCAGCCCGCUGCUUCCUGAUGAUGGAGGCUUUGUUAGGAAGUGGAUUGAUGUUUCAGAUGAAGCGACUUCUGACCUCCUCAGUCACAUGGACUCCAGCUUCCUGUUCAUUAAAGAGGCCGUGGAUGGUGGCCGGGCUGCACUGGUUCACUGCCAGGCUGGGAGGAGUCGCAGUGCCGCCAUCGUGACUGCUUAUCUAAUGAAGAGAUACAAGCUGGGAUUCACUGAUGCCUAUCACAGACUGAAGAGCAUCAAACCAGAUGUACAGGUCAACGGUGGCUUUGAGGAGCAGUUGUGUCUGUAUGAGGCCAUGCAGUGUGAGGUGGAUACCUCCGAUCCUCUGUACAAACAAUACAGACUGACCAAGAUCACUGAAAAAUACCCUGAGCUGCAGAAGGUACCCAGGGAGCUGUUUGCUGUUGACCCUGCCCACUCCAGCACCUCGGAAGCAUCCUAUCGAUGCAGGAAGUGCAGACGCACUCUGUUCCGUGGCUCCAGUAUUCUCAGUCAUCUGGCAGGAGAAGGAGCUUCAGCCUUCAGUCACAAGAAGGCCAGUAACCUUACAGGAGAGGUCCAGUGUACAUCAUACUUCAUUGAGCCAGUGCAGUGGAUGGAACAAGCCUUACUAGGAGUGAUGGAUGGGCAGCUGCUGUGUCCGAAGUGUAACUGUAAGCUGGGUUCAUUCAGCUGGUGUGGGGAUCAGUGUUCAUGUGGCCGCUGGGUCACUCCCGCCUUCCAGCUGCACCACAACAGAGUGGACGAGAUCCGGCAGCUGAACAUGAAGAAAUGACACAGCUGGGAAAAAAUCAAGAAACACACGCAGUCUGACAUACUUCAGUUUGUAGCAUCAAACAAAUGUCCAGUUUUGUUAGAAUGAUUGAUCUGGAUGAUUACCCAUGUUUGGUUAGUAAUGAAUGAUCUCUGUGUGUGUGUGUGUGUGUGUGUGUGUGUGUGUGUGUGUGUGUGUGUGUGUGUAUGAAUGACAUAUCUUAGAAUUGUUGCAGUUUUCUGUUGCACUGAUUAGUGUACAACAGUAUUGCGUAUGUAUCUGGACUCGAAAUCAAAAACAUUUUUUAAAUUGCGUGCUGUUUUCUAAAAU